ACGGAAUUCUGUAUCCUGUUGAUUAGCUUGUUGAAUUCUUUUCUCUCGCUGUUUUGUCAACUGUUAAUAAUAGUAGUACCUUUUAACAUUGAAAUAUUCUAUUUUGUUUUAUAAAACUAGCUUUUUUUUCGAAACGUUUUGAAUUGAAAUGACUUCUAUGAUUGCAAGCCGAAGGAGGAGAAGACAGAGAGCUUCAGUUAUUCAGCACACUAACAGAGUCCAGCAUCGAUUAGAAACUGUUGACCUCUGUAGUUCCUCUCAUGAUCUUCCAUCAUGCAUUGAUCUUACAUGUGAAGGUGAUGAAGAAGAGAUUGUUGACUUGACUGCUGUAAAUGAUUCAAGUAUUGUGUGUUUGGGUUCAGUGCCCACGUAUCUUCAGAACGAAACUCAAGUGCGAGAAAGAAACUUACGAGCUUUGCGAAGACAUCGAUCACGAUCACCAGUUAACACAAGACAGCUCACUAGAAGGCCUAAUUAUUCAGAUCCACUUCCAGAUUAUAAUAAUGAUAUUCAGCAUCCCAGCUAUGAUCUUGGAGUUACAAAUGAUAUUUCCGGGGGAGCUGAAGAAGAUGAAUCCCCUCCUAGGAGGAAAAUAACAUGUCCAGUAUGUUUUGAUUCAGAUACAGCUAUCCAGUCAUCAUAUCGUCAACUUGUAUCAACUAUCUGUGGACAUGUAUUUUGUAAUAGCUGUAUUUACGAAGCCAUUCGAAGCAACCAUUCUUGUCCAAAGUGUCGGAAAAAAUUAACACUAAGACAGUAUCAUCCUAUAUUUCUAUAGCUGAAGGUCCAAACAUUUGAAUUCUUUUAUUCUCAAAUUGAUGAAAAUAGAUUUUUAGAACACCAUCUGAUACUGUGAAGAGCUGUUUUUGAUAAAUCAUGAGAAAGAAAAUAAUGCCACAACUAUUGUCUUUACUUUAAAGAGAAGAACAAUCAAGCUUUAAUUGGUAUAAAUUUUAACCUCUUGCAUUUUUCAGAUGUACUAAACGAUUCUGUACUGGACUUCCAUUACAGCAUGUCAUAAAGAAUCAGGUCAGAAUUUACUAUUCCAUUAAGAACACAAAUUUUCAUAAAGUUUUUGAAUCUAAAUUGUGUGUGCAUAUAUAUCCCUGAAAUUAUUUGAGUUUGUGAAUAUUAAAUAUGUGUGAAUUAUCUUGUAGCUUACAUAUUGCUAGAAAUUCUUGUUGUUCCCUAGGAGCAUUCUGUAACAAUCCAUGUGACGUACGGGAAGGUUUAGCAUUAAUGAUCAGAAGUGAGGAGAAGUUCUCCUCGUAUAUCAAUUAUUUUGUAUAAAUCUGUUCAGUUUAUUGUAUAAAAAUUCUGGAUUGUGUUUCUAUGUAGCUAGAAUGAAUAUCACUAAUCAUGGAAGUUUUAAAGACCAUUUAAUUAUGUGGGCUAACAGUUAAAAAAACAUUAAAUUCUGUUUAUUUAUAUGUGCAGUAUGAGUGACAAAGUUUUGAUUUUGACUGUCUCUCUAACAUUUUGUGGAAAUUUUUUUUAAAUACAUUACCUACAAGUGUAAUCAGUUUCUUGUGAAGUAAAUAGUUUUAAAAAAAGUA